UUAUGCCAGAGGGGGUUCCGCGCAACGAGUCACGUGCGCUCCGUGAAGGACAGAGGUGGUGGAAGCGCUCGCGGAGCUUUGCCUCGCGCCGGUGAGAGGCCUCCCCGUUUUACCAGAGGACGGGACUGAGGAGGGAAAAGAGGAGGAGAAGAUAAGUGUCAAUCUGUCGAGACUUGUUCGGGAAUUUGAGGAAAGGAGGGGAGCUGGGGAGAGCAGAAGGAGGCUGCAGGAGGGAGAAGCGACAAGAAAUCCACGUCAACAAGGACUUUUCUCUGGAGUGGGACCAUUGAAUCAUUGAGGACUUAAAAAAGACAGUUAAAGGAAAAGCCGGUGGACUUUUGUUUGGGAAAGAAAAUGAGGGUAUUUGCUGCUGUGUGACUCACAAAACAAAGGAAUGACAUUUUCAGAGUUGUGCAACAAUCCCAUGCCUUUUUGAGCUAAACUGAAACAAGGGGAGAUCAGUUCUCCCCAGAACAAAACUUCAGGUGCUUUGGGUGUCACUAUGGGCACCAAAAAAAACAUCUAUACCCUCUUGGGGAAUUUAUCUAACAUGGCAGAUCACAAGUUUCUGCCAGGUGGAAAAAGCUCCCGAGAUCCAAGUCCCUUGCCAAAAACGACGUCCUCAUUAGAAAGAGAAAGGGACCCCAUGCAGGAAAAUUGGAGUACAGAUCAAGAGAAAGCAGAACACAAAGAUGUGGGCACGUUCCCAAUCAAAAAGGGAAGGAAAGAGCAGAAGGCAGAAGAUGACAAAAGACGAAACGGCAGAUUUGAUUCAAACUACGAGAGGGAAGAUGAUUAUAGAGAAAAAAAGAUUUAUUUGGAGCGUGGUACAUUUCCACGAAUGAGUAAAAAUUCUUUUGAUCCUAAAAUGAGAAUUAUAACCUCUUCAGAGAUGGAGGAUAAAAGAGACCGAAGACCCAAAGACUAUCCUAAAAGAGACGAGACGGAAAGCUAUAGAGAUAAAAGAAAUCAUGAGACGAGGCCCAGAACCAGGGAAGAGGGUAAAAACAAGGAUAGAUGGUCCUCAGACGAAUGGCGGUACCAGGGAAAAAAAUUCAGUGAUGAUCUCCGGGACAGGAGAGGAGAUGCAGGUGAUUUGAGGGAAAUUAGAGAAAAAGAUGCACCAAUAAAAAGAGAAAAAACAAGACCAGACAUGGACAGGAUGGAUCCCAGAAUGAAUUAUACAGACAGAGUAUUUGAGAGGGACGGUUAUUCAGACAAGAGGGAAAGGCCUUCAAUGAGAGAAGACACGAAAGAUCCAAGAGGAGACAGCUGCAUAGAUGAAAGACAACCGAGAAUUGACAAAGAAAGAGAGGAUGGAGAUGGACAGAUGUACAAAAACAAGGACAGAGAGAAAGAAGAGGAUAGACCCAAGAAGAGCAGGGCAUACGAAAACAGGAGGAUGGAAAGAUCAGCGGAAAAAGUGGAGGAAAGAUGGAGAGGGGGCUUUAGAGAGGACAGAAAAUUUAAGGAAAGAAAGAAUGGACAAGAUGGAAAAAGGUCUGGAUGCCACUCACCUGGCGUUGGUAGAGAAACGUGGAGGGAUGCAGAUGAAGAGAGAAUGCAUAGGCGACGUGGAGACAGUGAUGAGGAGAGGAAAUCAAGUAGACAGAGGGCUGGCAAGCAGGAAAGGGGAGACCAUAGAUGGAGGGAUCCAGAAAGAAAUGAGAUAAGUCAUAGUUUUCAAAACAGAAGUGAUAGAGAUGAUUGCAGAGGAACGAGAGGCGGUGUUCUUGACAUAGGAAGGAUGUGGUUAGACCCACAGAGGGGCAAGAAUAAUAAAGAAAAAAGCAUAGACAGAGAGAGGUGCACAAGACAGAAGGAAGAGUGGAGUGAAGAGAAGAAGCUGCAGGGAGUGAGAGGAAGAGACGAACCAAGAGGCAGUGGGGAACCAGACGAGAGGUACUCAAAAAAUUACAGAGGGACACCGGUGGGAAGAAAUGAGUUCACCAGGGGAGAACCAGAGGGAGCAAGUGUAGAUGGAGACGAGGAGAGCAAAACCACGAGAGAAAUGGAUAAGGGAGGUCAGAGACGAGGGACACAAGACAACUGGCAGAAAAAUGGACAGACAAACACGCCAGCUCACUCAGAGGAAAGUGACAGGGAGGAAAGGGGUGGGAGCGAUUACUCUCAGCAUUCUAGGAGUGAAGAAGGAAGUGAGGUUGGAUGGAGGGAAGAACGAUACCAAAUGCCAUCAGCAGAGGAUGGCAGUAUCACGUGGUCCAGUAGUGGAGAUGAGAUAGAACGAGAGUUCAGGGGACCCGCAUCUUAUGUCUCCAUGGAAUUUGAAAGUCCUGAGGAAAGGGAAGAAGAAGAGGAGAAACCACAAAACUGUGGGGUGUCACAGGAUGAUCAAAGAGGAGGAGUGGAUGGAGAAAACUCAAAUACUGAAAGUCAUCAUGUUCUUACUGAUGAUGAAGCAAUUUCCCAGGAAAACAUAUUUAUUACAACCGCGAGACGUGAUCACCAGCAAGAAAUCAGUAACCAGUAUAUAGAAGGUGACCAGUCGUGGAAAAAAAAGUUUACUGCAAAAGAACAAAAGGAACUGGAAAUCCAGCCUUCAUUUUCAGAGCGUCGUGACAGAGAAACUGAAGAUGGAAUGAGGAGCAAAGGGGGACUUGUAGGAAUAAGAAAAAUUAAAAGAGACUCAAAGACUGAAAAACUUCUCAAAGCAUGGAAGGAGAAAAACAAUAAACCAGCAGGAGAAGAAAGACAGAAAUCUUCAGCUGUCCUACGUAAUCCUGGCGAUGGUUCCCAGGAGACUUUGGAUAAAAAUCAACCCAUCAUGAACCAAAUAAACAUUGAAGCACUGAGUGAAGAAGAGGUGGAGGCCCUUCGAAUUAGAAUGAGCGGAGCAUGGAGCACUGACGACCCCAAGAGGCACUCCCAUCCGCCUCACCUGAAAUGGGCUACGAGUGUGGUACGAGAAAUACUGGGGACGUCAGAGGACAACGCAAUGGACGAACCGGGUUCAGAAACACAAAAAGAUCAAAGUGAGGCCACCAAACGACAGGAGGUGUUUGCAGAGAGAGCUGUGGAUGUGCCUACUUUAAGAAUUUGGACUAGUACCCAGAGUUCAGAUGUAGAAGGGGAGGACAACAACCUGUCAGAGGAUUUUGAAGACGAUGCAGAUGUUGUAAGCAGAAGCAUGGGAGACACGGAGAUGAGGACCAUGCUUCAUCCAUUUUCAAGAAAGAAAAGGAGUUCAAAAUAUUUCAAAGCUGCACAGCUAUACCAGCAGUACAGUGAGGCAGCGCAGAACAUUGAAAUCCUGCGGCAGGGUCGCACAGACGUGCUCUCCAUAUGCGAGGAAGCUCCUUCGUCUCCCUUUCCAUCACCACAGCAAUCCCGCAGACCCCUACCUUCCCUGCCCACAGUCCUGCACCCCCACUCCUUGUCCCACCACAGCUCCUUCAAUAACUAUAAAAGCCUGCCUCUCCCGGAGUCUCACGGUAACAAACGCCGAUCUUCCUCUCCACGUCUGUCCAUUUCACAACCUGGCACGCUGUGGCGGGAACUCCCGGGCGUCAGGGACAACAACAAGCUAGAGGAACUGACAGAAAACCAGUUACGCCUACAGGAGGUGCGCUUCGAAGUUGUAACGUCAGAGGCCUCCUAUUGUCACAGUUUAGACAUUGUUGUCGAACACUUUGUCAAGUGCAAGCCGCUGCAGGACCUGUUGGGCAAUCAAGAUCGAAACUGGCUUUUUUCUAGAUUGCUAGAAGUUCGUGCUAUAAGCCACAGGUUCUUGGAGAAACUGGAGGAACGCGUGGACUCGGACAUCAUGCACUUCACCGUCUGCGACAUUAUUGCUCACCACUGCAAGCGCUUCCGAACGGUUUACGUUCCCUACCUCACCAACCAGUCGUAUCAGGACGCCACCUACCAGAGGCUCAUGACGGAGAAUGCAACAUUCAAGCAGCUUGUGGAGAGUAUCGAGAAGAGUGCUGUUUGUCAGAGACUCCCCCUUCGAUCUUUUCUUGUGCUUCCUUUCCAAAGGAUUACAAGACUUAAACUGUUGGUGCAGAACAUUGUGAAAAGAACAAACCCUGGUACAGAAGAGGCGAAGCAAGCCAUCAGAGCGAUGAAACUUCUGGAAUCGAUCAUUCAGCAAAGCAACGACAGCAUCUCCCAGAUGAAAAGCAUAGAGUCCCUCGUCUCUCUCAACGCUAAAGUGGACUUUGAGUGCAAAACUCUUCCUCUUAUCAGUCAGUCUCGGAGGUGGGUGCGAGAAGGUCCCGUGAUCGAGCUGAUGGAUUUCGCUUGCAAAGACGCAGAGCGCAGUGUUUACUUGCAUCUUUUCAACGACUACUUGCUGCUGUCGCUACAGAAAGAAGGAGGGAGGUUUACAGUAAUCAACCACGUUCCAGUCAAUGAACUGCAAGUAGAAAACUGCCGCAUCAAACUUCACUCCCUCCAGAAGAACCUGUUCCGGUUGCAAAUGUCAACCACUUCUUACUUGCUAAGGACUGACACACAGAGUGACAAGCUUCGUUGGAUCUCUGCCCUUAAAAGGCCCCAUGAUCAAGUAGAUUUUUCUGCUGCUCAAGAUUGUGAGCAAAUGCUGUGCGUGAAAGCUUAUAUGGCCCAGCAGCCUGAUGAGCUGUCCUUGGAAAAAGCUGAAGUAAUUCUGGUGCAUCAGGACAGCAGUGAUAAUUGGGUGGAGGGAACCAGGCUGUCAGACUUCCAGCGUGGAUGGGUGCUAAAGUCACAUUUAGAGACCAUAAGCAACUCGAAAGUCAAGGAGCGAAACCUGUCAGACGCCUUUAAACUGACCACUGCCACGGCAGCAACAGUGGCCGAUUAAGAGAGAUCGCUCUGAAGAGGAUCAUAAAGGGUGUCAAAAAAAAAACACACACACACAUGGAGGAUCCAAGAUGUGUGCCAUAAAAACUGGACAAUAGACUUUCUGUGAUGUUUCUCCUGACAUGUUGCGCACAGGAGUACAGCAGCCAGGAACUGCUGCAAGGAUGCAUUUCACUGGAGCUUUAUGUCUCUGACUCUUCAAAAUACAUAGUUUUACCUGAGAGCUCAUAUCAGUUUUAGACUAGUGGCUGUUAUGUAUAAUGCAUUGUUAAAAAGAAUCUUGUACAAAAGUAUAACAGAAGAGUUGUGUUUUGAUGUAACUAUUUUUAAGGGAAAUAACCUUAUCUAAAGAUGUUUUUUCCCCCGUCAAUCAUUGUUUCUAUGUAAAUGACCAAAUUCUAAGAUAGAAACUUUGAAAUAUCUUUUAUUUUUUACUGUUUUGUCUGUGUGCACCAGAGGCAACAGACACAGUUUAGUCUUUAAGACAAUUACACUAUGAACAACCUUCCUAAAAAGGUUUCAAUAAAUUUUAAUUCAAGUCAUA